AUGUACCGCAUUGAUUUUAAAAUUAGAACUAUAGAGCUAGAUGGCAAGAGAAUUAAACUACAGAUAUGGGACACUGCCGGGCAGGAGCGAUUUCGAACCAUCACAACCGCCUACUACAGGGGAGCAAUGGGCAUCAUGUUAGUCUAUGACAUCACCAAUGAAAAGUCUUUUGAAAAUAUUCGGAACUGGGUCAGGAAUAUCGAAGAGCACGCCUCUCCAGAUGUUGAAAAAAUGAUCCUUGGGAACAAAUGCGAUGCAAAUGACAAAAGACAAGUUUCCAGAGAGCAAGGGGAGAAGCUUGCUGCAAGCUUUGGAAUUAAAUUUAUGGAGACCAGCGCAAAAGCAAAUAUAAACAUAGAGAAUGCAUUUUUCACUCUUGCAAGAGAUAUCAAAGCAAAAAUGGACAAGAAGUUGGAAGAAGAAGAAGGCAAAGGACAAGGCCCAGAUCCUGGAGCAGAUCGUGAGCAGCAAGAAGCAGGAGGAGGAGAAGAAGCGCGGCCUGGACAAGCGGACCCCGGCGCAGGUGGCCUACGAGAAGAUGCAGGAGAAGCGGCAAAUGGAGAGGAUCCUGAAGAAAGCGUCGAAAACCCAUAAGCAGAGAGUGGAGGAUUUCAACAGGCACUUGGAUACUCUGACUGAGCAUUACGACAUUCCUAAAGUCAGCUGGACUAAGUGAACGGACUGCUUUUCAAGGCUUUGGAUGAGGAGUUGUGUUUUGUUUGUCUGGGACAGGGUUGCCAUGUAAAUCUGUGUAUUCUCCAUGUUGAAUGUUUAAUAUAUCUUCUGAACGUUUAUGACUCUGUACUGUCUUGUUUCGUUGUUUUGGUUUUUAAAACCGAGUAUUCAACCGAGCAUCUUGGCUGAUGAGCUCUGAUUUACAGAGGUGCAGAGGGCUGGGGUUUUUGUAGUGCUUAAGCGGGAUUAAAGCCAAAAUCAAUUGCUGGAAGAUGUUCCUUUAUUUGUUGGAUACUAACAGUUCCCCUUUUUAGAAGCAAAGAGUCUGACAGUUUCAUGUAGCCUAAGCUUCCCUUAUAAGCUGUAGUAAUUGUAUCAUUUCUUUCUAUCUCGAGUUCUUUCAGAGGUGGGGGGGUCUGCUGUAAUUUGCAACUUUGAUGUAGCUUCUUAUUAAAAUGCUGCUUUCAUCCU